GUAAUAGAUGAUAAGGUACGAACGAAUUUAAAUCAUAUCAGAAAACACAAAUGAUCGACAGUUGUUGUUCGCGAAUGUAAGAAAUUUGAAUUGUAUAUUUAGUAAAUUUAUUUUGUUUUUUUCAUAAAAAAAAUGUCAUCAAUUUUAAAAAUUGGAUUCUUGGGAGGCGGCAAGAUUGCUCAGGCAAUGGCAAAAGGAUUUAUUGGGGCUGGUCUCGCUGAUCCUAAAUGCAUUACAGCAAGUGUUCAUCCUGAUGAUACUGCAAGCUUCGAAUCGUUUAAGAAACUGGGCGCUCAAACUAUAACAGAAAAUAGACAAGUUGUACAAAACUCUGAUGUUGUGUUUGUGGCUGUUAAACCUUAUGUAGUGCCAGAAGUUUUGAACGAAGUCAAGGCCGAAAGCAAUGGAAAGCUUUUUCUGUCUGUUGCAAUGGGUAUCACAAUUGAUACAAUUGAAAAGAGUUUAUCCUCGAAAAGUCGCGUUAUUAGAGUUAUGCCCAAUACACCAGCCUUAGUUCAGAGUGGCUGUUCCGUUUUUGUUCGGGGAUCAAAAGCAACAGAAGAAGACGUUAAAAUUACAUCUAAUCUGUUAAAAUCAAUUGGAACGUGCGAAGAAGUUAACGAAAAUCUUUUAGAUCCAAUCACAGCACUUAGUUCAAGUGGUCCAGCAUUUGUUUUUGUUAUGAUUGAAGCACUUGCUGACGGAGCAGUGCAUAUGGGACUGCCAAGAGAUGUAGCUUAUCGGCUCGCAUCACAAACUGUAUUAGGCUCUGGAAAACUAGUUAGAGAUACGAAAAUACAUCCCGGACAGCUUAAAGAUGAUGUCACAAGUCCAGCUGGGUGUACAGCUGCUGGACUAAGGCAUUUAGAAUUAUCAGGUUUUCGGGCCGCAGUUGCUGGAGCUGUUGAAGCAGCUACAAAAAGAUGCAAGGACAUUUCAGGAUUGUGAUUUUUAAGUUUCCCAAAACUAUUUUUUUAAGUUAAUAAAGAAAGGGUUUAUUUCGAACUAA